CCUUAGCAUCGCCAGAGUAACGCGCAAAAGGCAUCAGUUUACACACCAAAGUUCAGACGAUUUUUCCGCUUUGUGUUUUGCACCGAUCUUCCAUCGUCCUUGGCAUCAUUCUUGUUCCGCGCUGCACUGUCGACUCUCUUGGCCUUGGCGCCCUUGCUGCAGCAGUCGUUCAACUCUGGGCGUUCUUGGUAAAGAGUGGGGCACAUAGAGUUUUCAGCACCACCACGUGAUUUUCGGAACGGAACAAGUUCAGCAGCAACAACACACCGACCUGACCGUGCCUGAGGACCCUGCCAAGCAUUCAGCGACCGAGCACGGAACCAUGUCGGGAAUCUCGCCGCCCACUCAGGCUCCGGCCCAGGACGGCACCAAUGCCGCUCCGGUCCCGGCGGCCCCUGCUCCGGGAACCUCGAAUCCGGCGUCCAACGAUAAUACCCCGGCGCCUUCGACCGGAGCGACCGCGAGCUCUAAUUCAAGCUCAGGCCCGGAUGACAACCUGGUCUGCCAUUGGGGCGCCUGCAAGGAGCCCUUUACCUCGGCCGAGGCCCUCUAUGAACACAUUUGCGAGAAACAUGUUGGUCGCAAGAGCACCAAUAACCUCAACUUGACUUGCCAGUGGAACCAAUGCCGCACCACGACUGUCAAGCGCGACCACAUCACCUCGCACAUCCGCGUCCAUGUUCCCCUGAAGCCGCACAAGUGCGAUUUCUGCGGCAAGUCGUUCAAGCGGCCCCAGGAUCUCAAGAAGCAUGUCAAGACUCAUGCCGACGAUUCGGUUCUUGUCCCGGGCCGCAACCCCCAGGACCAGCCCGGCGCCAUGAACCCUAGCUACCGUCCUCACCCGGGCACGAAGCCUCCUUCCGGCUUCUAUGACCACAAUGGCCACAUGCGCGGUGCCAACCCGGCUCACUUCAGCCACCCCCACCAGAAUGGCCAGGCUAGCUACUACGGCCAGCAGCAGCAGGCGCCCCAGCCGGCGUACCACACCCCCAUGUACUACCAGCAUCCGAUGGGCGGCUCCCGCCCGGACUACAUCGGCCACCAAGCCGCGGGUUUUAACGAGGCCGCGCGGAAGCGUGAGACAGACAGCCUAAACGAGUUCUUCGGAAACAUGAAGCGCGCUCAGAUCGACCCGCGCUCGUAUAACCAGAUUGGCCGCUCGUUGAUGCCCGUUCACUCGUCCCUCGCCAUGUCUGCCGGCGGUGGUCUGGCCACCGAAUACAUGCCGCAGGCCCCGCACACGCUCGGUGUCGGUGCUGCUUCAAACGGCCCGCUGGCGCAGCACUACUACCUGCCGCCCAUGCCCAAUCUCCGCACCAAGGAAGACCUCCAGCAGAUCGACCACAUGCUCGAACAGAUGCAGUCGACCAUCUACGACAACUCGGGGUCGCCCAACGCGUCCUAUGCGCCCGUUGACAUGCGCCACUCUCCCACGUAUGCGACCCGCCCGGCCGUCGACGGGUAUGCCGUCACGGCUGCCCAGGUCAUGUCCCCGCUGAGCGCACCGACCCACUCCGCCGGCAACACACCUGCCGUCACCCCGCCGUCGAGCAACAUGUCGUACACGUCCGGCCAUUCCCCGACCGCUUCUUCGGUCGGCCUGUCGCCGUCGUCCCGCCACAGCUCCGCCUCGGUCUCGUACCCGAACCUCCCGAACCGCCCGAACCUGCCGUAUCCGUCGGCCGCCGGCCUCGGUUCGACCUUUGCCCAUAACGAGCGCCGUCUCUCCGGCGGCAUGCUCCAGGGCUCACGCCGCGACGGCGACCGCACCCCCACUCCCAAGGGGCCCGACGGCGCCGCCGUGAGCUCGCCUUCGGAGGAGUCCGAGGGCGGCGAGACCGAGUCGUACGACGAGUGGCUGCAAAAUAUGCGCUCCGUCGACUUCCUCCGCGCUUACGUGCGUACCCGCCUCGAGCGUCGCGAGUACGAGGAGGGCUCGGACGACGGCCGCGUCGACAACAGCCGCAUCGACCCCAUGCUCGUCGACCGCAGCCGCGAGCCGCGCGUCAGCUACCCCUCGCUGCCGCCCAUGCAGUGAGCGGCGACGUGAGCGAGCGGUCCAUGCUCAUCCAAGGGACGUGGUUCGGAACCCGGCCUCAUGCCUCAAGGGUUCCUCUCACAUCCCAUUUCUUUCGUUUUCUGUUUCGCAAGAUACCUCUUCUCUCCAGUCUGUCAUGUAACAACUGGGACCUUCUCGCUCGACUGGCCCGCAGCGUGUGGGUUAGCGGGACGAGGCCUAAUGAUUUCUGUCGCUUCACAGCUCCGUUAUCAAUGACCGGUUAUUCUGGGGCGCAUUCGCUUUUCAAUGGCUUCCCGGCUUCGAGCCGCAUGAUUGUAUGGGUCUGGUUAUGUACACUACCGGCUUUGGGGUGUUUUUUUUAGUUGCUCUUCACUCUGCAAUUCAAGGUCUAACUAAAGCCAACUCUGUGUGUUUUUUGUGGCUUGGCGGGCAGGUAGAAAUUGUCAAGUAGAAGUGAAGCAAUUUUCCGCGUUAAA